CUUGAGACGUUCUGAGUGUUCUAUUCGCUGGUGAUUUGAACAAAAUCAACGAGACCUCUCCGGUGGCGCUCUGUGUAAUACCCACCUGCAAGUUCACGCGAGCUUGAAAAGCGUGCGUUCCCUGUGGGAAAAUGGAAAACUAAACACUUCCUCACUAAUCAUUUUGUUGUCCUACUACACAUAAUCUUUAGAUCAAAGGAUGAAGUUUUCUUUAAUUCCGUGUGUUCUCGUGGGACUCGCAUGCUCACCAUCAAGCGCUCUUGUGAGCUCUAGAUGGAAGUCGGAUUCCGAAACCAAGACAAUUCUGCCUACCGCAGUCACAGGAGACGUCACAGCAAAUUUCAAAUCUGCAUGCAGUCUGGAUGGAUCCCAAUUGUCUGCCAUCAACAAUACGGCUUGGGACUGGUGGUAUUUCGACGCUGUGUCACCAGAUGCAAAGUCGAAUGUAGUUAUUACUUUCUUCACAGCAUCUGCCACGGGAUUUCCCUUCCUUCCAUCACCAAUGGUCACACAAUUUGAGCUUCACUCGCUCUUACCUAAUGGAACCAUUUUUAAUGUCUUCAUCCCGGCCGAAGAAGCAGUCAUUACAACAGAAGGGGAAGGGUCGUCAGGGGACUUUAAAGGAGCUAACGCCUCGUGGAUUGGCACCCCCGACUUGAAACACUACAAAAUUGUUGUCAACUCGCCUGCGAACGGCGUUAUUGGCACAUUCAAUAUGAGAUCUGUCGCCCCUGGUCACUACCCAUGCGGCCCGGUGCGCUCAGGAGAGAACAUGAUGGUUGCACCUGAGAUCGGCUGGGCGAACGCUGUGCCAGAUGGGAUCGCUGAUGUUGAUUUCACCCUAUCAGGCACGAAAGUUGCCUGGAAAGGCGUGGGAUAUCAUGACAAAAACUGGAGCAAUCAGCCGUUCACUGACAAUGUCGCGAGUUGGUAUUGGGGCCACGGCCGCUUAGGACCCUACUCAAUCGUUUGGUUUGACACACUCGGGGCCGAUGGAAAGGAAUACGUCAGUUCAUAUGUUUCAAAACAUGACGAGAUUGUUGUAUCGAGUUGUGAUGCCGGGUCCAUCAAGGUUCGGCCCAGUGGAGUAAACAGCGAAUAUCCACCAAAGGUCAGCACCGGCAACCCGGGCGGAUUCACAAUUGAGAUUGAUUUGGGGAAGGAGGGUACAAUGAACGUGGAGGUUAAGGUUGCAGCUGUCUCUUUGCAGGGUCUUACCCUUUAUACGGAGUGGGUUGGCACCAUGACUGGGAAUGUGGAUGGUGGGAAACAGAUGACUGGGGUGGCUUCGUUCGAGGCAUUCAAGGUGACAGUUUAGACUUGAGAUUAGGGCUCCUUGCUAGCCUCAAUGCUGUU